AUGGCCCGUGCCCUGAUCUUCAUGAUCUUGCCCUUCUUGGCUGCGGCCGACACAAACAGCCUUCGGGGCACCAAGACCCUGAUGGCAUGCUCGGGCGAGGGGAACCUUCCCACCAUCGAGAACGGGAGCCCCCGCUGCUAUGGCGGCCAGCUGUUGAUGGAGACCUUCUCACUCAAGGUCCUCAGCUUCGACGGCUCAACUGGCGUGGUGGACAUGAAGGCCGAGGGACCUCAGGCUGGUCAGUGCGAUGGUGCCGCAUUCCAGAACCAGGACAACGCGGUGACGAUUGAGAACGAGGCUGACUGUGGCCUGGGCUCUGCGGAGUACAGCGUCAGGUACUGCCCGGACCAGGACCAGUUCGUUGUGAACAUUGUGAAGCCCUGGACCGUCCAGGUGGCGCUCUCAAGCCAGGCAUGCUCCACUCCAGCCGCGGGUGGCGAGGUCUAA